AUGAAGCUCAUCGUGGCCGUCGCCGUCGCGUCGACCGCCAGCGCGUUCCUGCGCGCGUCCCCGGGCGCGGCGCCGCCUUCGCUGCGCGCCAAGAAGGACAAGGCCGCCGACGGCGACGCGGCGCCCGUCGAGGUCAACGCGCUCGGCAAGGGCUCCAUCGUCGAGUUCGAGUUCAACAAGCACACGUGCAUCGGCGUCGUCGACGCGCACAUGGUCAAGGCCAAGGGCGGCCUCCGCUACGACGUCGUCACCGCCGACGAGAAGGUCCACGCGGGCGUCGCGCCCAAGGACAUCCACUUCAGCGCGGCGCCGCUGCCCGGCGACAAGGGCGACAAGAGCCCCAUGAAGCGCAUCAAGGACUUCGAGGACGUGCUGGCGACGUCGGCGGCGCGCCUCGUCGACCCCGAGGUCCUCGAGAUCUGCUACGAGCUCGCGGCAGAGGAGGACGACGGCAAGGUCUUCCGCGUCAAGGAGAUCGCGAAGCUCUUCGACGAGGGCACGUCGCCCGUCGACCUCUACCGCACCUUCCGCAUCAUGACGUCCGAGCUCGGCCGCGUCUUCUUCAAAUCAGCAAAGGGCGAGGCGGCGGCCUUCAAGGCCAAGGCGCACAAGGCCGUCGACGCGGCCAAGGUCACGCUCUGCAACACGCACGGCGACGACUACGGCGAGUUCUGCCUCCCCGAGCUCUUCGCCAUCGGCCGCGCCGCCGACGACGCGACGGUCGCGCCGACGCCCGCGCCGCGCAACGCGACGGCGAAGCGGGCGAAGAAGCCGUCGAAGGCGCGCAACGGCACGCGCCGCGGGAAGCGCGGGCGCCGCGGCCGCCGGCGGACGCCCGCGCCGACGCCCGCGCCGACGGCGCGCCUCGCGGCCGCGACGUCGUUCCCCUUCAGCCGCGGCGAGCGCUUCGUGCGCCGCGGGAACGUCCAGCGGCCCGUGCGCGCGUCGAGCCGCAAGUUCCGCGCGGGCCCGCGGAAGGACCUCGAGAACUUCGUCGCGCCGCUCCUGCGGCGCAUGGGCCUGCUCGAGACCAAGGGCAUGGACUGGGACUGCUACGUGGGCCUCCAGUUCACGCCGGAGCACGAGCACAACUACCUCCUCGCGCCGGCGGGGAGCCUCGUGUCGUCGAUCCCCGGCCUCAAGGAGGUCCUCGGCGACAAGGAGGCGUUCGCGCGGCUCUGGCGCGGCUGCGCAUCGACGCGCUCGUCGACGUGGAUCGUCAAGCCCCAGCGGCGCUACCUGAGCCUGGGCAUGCACCUCGCGACCCUCCUCGAGGCCGACCUCGCGAGCGCGGGCGCCGUCGCGGCGUGGGCGACGCGCGAGACGCCGCUCGAGGAGAAGAAGCGCGAGCACCACACGAAGCAGCCGGGCGAGUUCACGAUGCAGCGCUACGUGACGCGGCCCGCGACGCUCGGCCGCCGCAAGUUCGACCUGCGGCUCUGGACCCUCGUCGCGUCGCUCGAGCCCCUCGCGGUCUACGUCCUCGACGUCGCGAAGAUCUCCGUCGUCGACUACGAGGGCUGGGGCCUGCCCCGCAACGCGAGUACGCUCCCGGCCAAGUGCAUGCACAUCCUCAUGAUGGCGAAUGAGUUCUGCCUCAAGCACAUGACGUUCCCGCGGCCGUGGCCCUACGACUACCCCGGCGUGACGCGGCCGGACCUCGGCGGCCUCCGCGGGGGGCGGAGCUUCUUCGAGGAGCUCCGGCUCGGCGAGGCGCCGCCCCUCGGCGGCGAGGCGGCCUGGGCGGCGUGGCAGGCCGAGCUCUGGCCCGCGCUCGAGCGGACCGCGCUCCUGCCGCUCCUCCUGGCCAAGGACGAGCUCCACGGCCACGAGGCGCGCGUCUACGGCGCGCGCGACGGCGAGCUCUCGCGGCGGUCGCGGCGCUUCGCGCUGUUGUCGCCCGACGCGCUCUGGGACGCGGACCUCGGCGGCUGGCGCCUCGAGGAGAUCAACACGAACGGCCUCUUCCAGCUCGGCGCGGACGAGGGCGAGGACGUGCGCACGUUCCACGUCGACGAGGGCUACACGGAGGCCUGGCUCCAGAUCGCCGGCGUCGACGGCUACCCGCACGCGCCGGCCUACGCCGCCGCGCUCGACGCGGCGCUCGACGACUUCUGCGCCGGCCGCGGCUGCGACGGCCGCGACCGCGAGGUCCUCGCGGCGGCCGCGCACGAGAACGCGCACGCGUCGAGCGGCUGGUACCGCGCGUGGCCGCCCGUGGACUGCGGCGACGCCUGCGGCGCGCGGCCGGACCUCGCGGACGACGCCGGCGUCAUGGCCCUCUUCGAGGGCUCCGCGACGCGCGCGGGCCGGCUCCACUUCGACUUCCUCCGGUCCCUCGACCGGGCCUACUUCGCGUCGCCCUCCGCGGCGCGGCCCGACGACGGCGACCGCGACGCGUUCCCCCGCUACGUGCCGCAGGAGCCGCCCGCGCACGAGUACCGCACGCCCCAGCCGGCUUUCGCCGCGAGGUCGACCAUGCGGUCGCCCGGCCGCGCGCCGACGACGCAGCCGUUGGGCCACUCGACGCGCACGACGUCGAGCGCGCGGCCCAGCAUCGUCGCCGGCUACGCCGCGUCGGGCCUGCUCUUCCGCCUGCGCACGGAGGAGCUCGCGACCGCCGCCGAGCGCCUGCGCUGGCUGCGGUGGACCGCCGCGCGCCUCGCGUGCUGCGGCGCGGCGCUGGCCCUGCGCGACGCGCCGGCGUUUCGCGCGGUCGUGCUCGUCGUCGGCGUUUUCGCCACCUAUGCCCACAACGCCCGGGGCCGGUCGCCGACGGCGCGGCGCGCGGCGCCGGGCACCGUCGCGCUCGUCACCGGCGCGACGGCGGGCAUCGGCCUGGCGACGGCCGUCGCGCUCUGCCGCCGCGGCGUCGACGUCGUCGUGCCCGGCCGGAGCCCCGAGCGGGCCGCCGCCGCGGCGGCGCGCAUCAACGCCGCCGCGCGCGGGCCCGGCCGCGCGCGCGCGCUCCCGGGCGCCGGCCUCGAGCUCGACGACCGCGCGUCCGUGCGCGGCUACGCGGCGGCCGCGGCGGCGGCCGCGCCGGACCUGGCGCUCCUCGUGCUCAACGCGGGCGUCAUGCGGCCGGCCUACGGCGUCGUCGGCGGCGGCGCCGAGGCCACCGUCGCGUCGAACCACCUCGGCCACUUCCUCCUCGCGGAGCUCCUGGGACCGACGCUCGCCGCGAACGCGGCGCGCGGCCGCGACUGCCGCGUCGUCGUCGUGAGCAGCAGCCUCCACCGCGUCGCGGCGCGGGCCCUGGACGCGCUGCCGGACGCCGCCGCGCGGCGCGCCGCGGUCGCCGACCUCCGGGGCGACGCGCGCGCGUACGGCCUCUUCCCGCGCUACGCGCUGUCCAAGCUCAUGAACGUGCUCCACGCGCGCGCCCUCGCGCGGCGGCGGCCGGCCGUCGCCGCCAUCGCCGUGCACCCGGGCUGCGUCUACACGGACGUCACGCGGAGCCUCCCGUGGCCCGUCCGCGCCGCCCACGCGCUCGCGGUGCCCUGCUGGCUCCUCUUCCAGAAGCUCCCGCCCCACGGCGCCCACGCCACGGUCCACGCGGCCCUCGCGCCCGAGCUCGCCGCGGCGGAGAACGCGGGGCGGAGCCCCUACGUCGCCGACUGCCGCGCGGAGGCGCCGGGCCUCCCGCGCGACGCGGACGCGCUCGCCGACGCGCUCUGGGACGCGAGCGCGGCCUACGCGGGGGCGGGCGACCGGCUAACAAUGGACCACAAGAAGAAGAAGAAGUCGACGAAGAUCUUCCCAGACGAUACCUCCGACUCGUCGUCCGAGGACGAGGCGUCGCCGGACACGCAGGAGUCGCGGCGCGACACGCAGGAGACGCGGCGCGCGUCGCUGCCGCGGCAACCCGCGAAGGCGUCGCCGUCGCCGCCGCGGGAGCCGCCGCGGCAACCCGCGAAGGCAUCGCCGUCGCCGCGGCACCCGCCGUCGCCGCCGAAGCGGGCCGCGCCGGCGUCGUCGGCGAAGAAAAAGAAGAAGCGCCUCGAGGUCGCGCCGUCCCGGCCGCGGACGAACGGCUGGGUCUGCAAACACUGCGGCGAGCCGCACGAGGGCGAGAAGGCGGCGCUGCCCAUGUGCUGCGGCUGCUGGAAAGCGCGCGCGCCGAGGGACGCGGCCGCGGCGCCGGCGCCGGCGACCGCGGCGCCGGCGACCGCGCCGGCGCCCGCGCGCGCCGCGGCGCCGCGGGAGCUGUCCGGCGCGGAGCGCGUCGCCGCGAACCGCGCGCGCCUCGAGGAGAGCGCGGAGCGGGGCCGCGCGGCGCUCGCGCUCCGGGAGGCGCGCGACGCCGCGGCGCGCGACGCCAAGGCUCGGGACGCGGCGCUCGCCGAGGCCGCCGCCGCCGCGGCGCUCGCCGAGGAGGCGCGGCGCGACCUGUCGCGGACGCGCGAGGAGCUCCUCGACAAGGAGGAGCUCGCGCAGGCCCUGGUCCAGUCGGAGAACAACAAGAUGUCCCAGCUCGACGAGCUCAAGGAGCGCGAGGCGGCCAUGGCGGAGAAGCUCGCGGCGCUCGAGGCGGAGAACAAGAAGCUCAAGGCCGCGCCGCCGAGGACGUCGCCGGGCAGCCGGCCCUUCGACUUCGGGUCCGCGGGGCUCUAA